CUUUUUAGUUAGAUCAUUGGUGAUUGAGAAAGAAAACCAAAAAAAUGGAAAUCGAAACAUCAGUUUUGUGAUAAGACGACUUUCUGCGUGCCUGCGAAGAGGAUUAAAUAUAAGUGUCUUCUGUGAGGGUUUUUUAACACUUGUAAGAAAAGGUUGGAGCCACAUGAAGCGUCUUGAAGACAACUAAUCAUUUGGAAGUAAGAAGAAUAUUAUUUGUCCGAUUCCAUCACAUAAAUCAGAAUCGUCUUAAGGGGAAUUCCAGUUUCACUUGCAAGAUUGAUUACAGUGAAGCAAAAAGGAACAGAGUGCAAAAAAAAACACUUCAAAAAAUUUAAGAUGGACGCAUAUGAUAAAAUGUUAUAACGUUUUCAAUUUCUUUUUGUGAUUUUAGCUAUAACUCUUGACGUGGGUAUUCUUGAUCUCCUGACCCAAUUGCUUUUUUUGGGGGCUUGUUCAAAUUCAUAAAACAGCAAUACCAUACCGAAAAAAUGGGUCUGAAAACAGGAGAGGGUGUGUCACAGAAGAGAAGAUUGGCAUUGAUUCUUGUCGAUGGAAUAGGGGAUGUGGCAAUACCAUCCCUGGGAUUUCUUACUCCUUUGCAAGCUGCACGCACACCCAAUUUGGAUGCAAUGGCUUGUGCAGGUGUGAGUGGGCUUAUGGAUCCAGUGGAGCCAGGCUUGUCGUGUGGGAGUGACACUGCACAUCUUUCUUUGUUGGGUUAUGAUCCAAGAGUUUACUACAGAGGCCGGGGUGCAUUUGAGUCUAUGGGAGCAGGCCUUGCCAUGUCCCCAGGGGACAUUGCAUUCAAGAGUAAUUUUGCAACCUGGGAUGAGAAAACAAGGAUAGUAACAAGCAGGAGGGCAGAUAGACAUUUUGAAAAAGAGGGUCCAAUAUUUUGUGCAGCAUUGGAUGGAAUGACGCUACCUUCCUUCCCAAAAUAUGAAGUUAGAGUGAGAUAUGCAACAGAACACAGGUGUGGUGUGGUUGUAAAAGGGCCAAAAUUAAGUGGGAAUAUUUCUGGCACAGAUCCCUUAAAGGAUAAUCGACUAUUGCUGGAGGCAGCUCCUUUAGACGACACAGAGGAAGCAAAGCAUACAGCAGCAGUUGUAAAUGAACUGUCAAAGGAGAUUUCGAGGAUUCUGACUUCACAUCCACUGAAUAAGGAACGAUCUCUACAGGGAAAGACCAUAGCUAAUGUAGUGCUUUUGCGUGGUUGUGGUAUUCGUAUUGAGGUACCAUCUUUUGAACAAAAGCAUAACCUUUGGCCAUGCAUGGUAGCUCCUACCAAAAUCAUUGCUGGACUAGGGUUAUCUCUGGGCAUUGACAUUCUUGAGGCACCUGGAGCCACUGGAGAUUAUCGUACACUUUUGACAUCAAAGGUCAAAGCUAUAGCCAAGGCGCUUUCUGCUCCAUUGGAGCCUCCACCUCACAUUUUUGUGCCUGGUAAGGAGGAUUCUAAGCCUGGUCGUAGUGAAGGUUAUGACUUUGGCUUCCUGCACAUAAAGGCUAUUGAUGAUGCUGGGCAUGACAAGGCAACUAUGCUGAAAGUAAAAGCUUUUGAAGCUGUAGAUAAAGCAGUUGGUCAGUUGGUCCGGCUACUUUGGCAGGCAGAACGCAGUGGGGCUGCCUACUAUUCUCUGUGUAUCACAGGAGAUCAUUCAACUCCUGUUGAAUAUGGUGACCAUAGUUACGAACCUGUACCUUUUACCAUAUGUCAUCUGAAGGACUUUGUCAAUGCAAGAGGUGGCGAGUCAGUUAUCAUGGAGACCCCACUUGAUUCAUUCAAUCUUCCUUCUGUUGGUGACCAUAAUGAAGGUGAAAAGCAAACUUCUUUGAACAGUGAAGAUGGUAAUACUAAUCUGCAUGGGUGUAAACCUAUUGCCGGCGAUUCUGUUGUUAAAUUUGAUGAGAUAGCUGCAGCUAGGGGAUGUUUAGGUCGUUUUCAAGGAAGUGAAAUGAUGAAAAUUAUCAAGCUAUACCUGCAACUACCGUGAUGAUUUGUUGAGGUACAAUUUUGAUAUGUCAGCCAAUAAGCCCUAUAGUUUGGCAUGAAAGGAUCAAUGCACACACACUGUGGUGUUCUUCUUGUGUGGUAUAUAUUACUGAAUGGAAUUUCUUCUUAUAAAUUACGAUAGAAUUUAAGCAAUGCUGUUACAAGGUCAGUUGAAAAUUAUUACAAUUUGUCCAUGGCAAUAAACUAGAAUCCAUGAUAACAUUAUAAGAAAGCCUCUUCAAGCUUUUGGUAAUGCUCUUUUGAAGAGCUGUAAUUGGGAAUUGCUGCAAAAUAAUAAUAAUAAUAAUAAUAACAACAAUAAUAACAAUAUGCCAAGGCAGUUCUUUAUCCUCAAGUCAAUUUAAAUUGCCGUCUUUUCCUUUUCA